GUUUGAAAGUGAAUUUGGCUUUCAUCUCUUCUUUGCGACGUGUCUUCCACAGGUUUCCAUUUGCAGAGCCCGCGGCACUACUCACCAGCGUCCUCCGUUCACUGGCUUCGGGGGCUGCUGUGUCCCGUGCUGCUUCGCUAGGCACUGCACCGUGUGCCGUACGAAACGUCGUGCCCUUGUCUUUUCGCGAGAUCCUUGAGAGGGCUCUGCUUUCUCCAGAGAGGGAACGCGUUUCGCUUCCUCCUUUGUUUAUGCAUUCGGUUCGUCGGUUGUUGGACAUCUGAUGUGCUGGUAGCGCGAUGGCGCCAGACCUGCGUCUUUGCCUUCAUGUGUCGGGCGAGGAAAAGUCCCGCGUUGUCUACCUUUGAGCCGCGCAGAUCAGGUUGCAUUCCGAUCAAAAGUUAUCCUGGCGAGUUGGAAUGCGAACUCGGUUCUCAGGGUGGCGUCUCUGGUGCGCUGCUUCCUUUGGCGCCUUCUCUGCGAGACCGUCGCAAAAAGCCUUUGCUCCAGAACGGCGACCGUCGCGGCUGUUCCAGCGCCUAACACAGAUCGGAUCGCGGAUCAUUUGAACAGAGACGGUGUCGACUUAUGAUGUGGUAAUAAUUGCAGUGCGUGGUCGAGCAGCUGCAUGUACUGUGUUCACCUGGCGGGAGGGCCAGGGCAACUCGACGCCCGUCUUACUAUUUUCUCUGUGUUCAGCAGCCGUUUCCGGUCCAGGCACAGGGUAUGUUCUGUGUUUCAUGCAUGGCUGUUGGCUCCCCUACCGCCGUUACCCCUCCCCCUUCCCCCCGGUAGUUUUGUGUUCCGUCGCCGCCCUUCGGUGUCGACGCAGGCGCCCGAACGGUCGUGUGUUUGACGAAGGAAUAAAGUUCCCUCGAGGCGGCGUCGUCGUCGAAGAGUCUGGAGCAGACGCCUGUUUCCACGUUCCAGUGUUCUCCACUCUUGCGCGAGAUCGUGAGGCCCUCCUGUCCCUGCAGACGCGUCGUCCUCGUUUCUUCACGACACGAAACCAUGGAGCCUGGCGAGCUAAUUGUUCAUCGAACCAUCCUCCCGCCUCUCCCCACUCCUGCCGCUCCUCCACGCAAUGGAGAAGCAGCUGCCUCUCCACUGAAGGAGACAAGGCGACAAGAAGCAGAAUCACAGGAGACGCAGGGGCAACCCUGCAACCUGGAAGGGCAGGAGUCCACGGAGGCAGGGGAGACUGCGAAGGGUGAGCAAAAGGACGUUUCUUCGUCUCUCCCUUCAACGUCGCCGACUUCAGGCGUUCCUGGCGACAAAGAUGCGCCGAAGUCUUUUGCUGUGGUGGGUGCUCGGGACUCAGAGGUCAGGAACGCUGAGGCCGCUGCGGCAUUUGUCGCCGCAGAUUCGUCCUCGCAUUCGUCGAAAGGUAGUGAUGCAAAAACUGCGGGGACUGACGCAGAGCGCUGUCCACAUGCAUCUAGUUGUGUCAGGAACUCUGGCGGAGAGCGGGCAGCUCCCGUGCGAGACUCCGCGGGAGGGAAGGCGUCAAGUACAGCGCAGCAGAAUGCGAGAGAUCCACCGAGGGGGUUGCCUCAGGGAGAAGAGUCCGUGGCUCCGCUGGCCAGCGUGGAGAGACAAGACGGACCGACAGAUCAACGAACGGGGAAGCAACCUGAGCAUGCAAGAGGGAUCCAGAAAGAUGACGCUUCGCUUUCCUGUGAGGAGCGCCCACAGUGCGUGGCAACAGAGACACCGCGCAAGGCGAGUGGCGAGGAGCAGCAGGAUGUGAAGGACGACCAGACAGUGGAAGAAUCGGGGAGGAAGCGACAGGACGGACUUGUUCAGCUGGGCAGUUGCUGCCCCGCCGCUGAGCUCGGCUCUCAAGAAGACUUAUCCGGUGGCUUAACCACGGUGAUGCUGAGGAAUAUCCCGAACAAGUACACGCAGGAAAUGAUGAUCUCUCUCUUGAACGAGACCUACAAAGGCCUCUUCGACUUCUUCUACCUCCCGAUUGACUUUCGGAAUUCUUGCAACGUCGGAUACUGCUUCAUCAACUUUGUCCAUCCAUUUGUUGCCGUUCAUUUCAAACGCGCCUUCCACAAUUUGAAGCUGACGGCGUUCAAGUCGCAGAAAGUCUGCGCAUGCACGUGGGGACGCGUCCAGGGCCUCCAGGCGAACAUUGCUCACUACCGAAAUAGCGCCGUGAUGGGCGUCCCGUUUAGUCAAUACAAACCUCUACUUUUUCGAGACGGUCUGAUCAUCCCGUUUCCGCAAGCGAAGCGGCCACUUCCCUCCGUCAAGCCGCGUGGCCAUCACGAGCGCGGUGCGAAGGUCAGCUAACAGAGCUGAACGGCCCAAUAAGAAAAAUCACUGCCACUGCCUUCCGUAGAUGAGGCUUAAAUUCAGGUCUUAUCGCGAGCUUCGAUGUGGUUCUGUAUUUUCUUCGUAAAGAAAAUUAAGCUUGCUGAGAGGCAACGGCAUCGCUGCAGGAGAGUGUGAGGAUAGUAGCUCAGAUGAGACAGGACCCCAGCAUGUUGCCUGCAUCGGGCGUCCCCAGAAAGGAACAUGGUGUCGGCAUGUAUGGCACUUAUUUCCAGUUGUCGUACAGCGAAAGCAGUCGUUAUAAGUGCUGACAGUUUUCUCUGUGCUUGCGUAACUCUCGUACUGACUUCAGUCUGCUAGAGUUCUGCAUGCUUCGACCCACCGCUUUUUUUGCUCAGGAGGUAACUGGUGUAUGAAUUCAAAUGAUGUGACACCCUUUCAGUGUCUAUGUUUGUAGCAGCGGAGGCUUCAUGGCCGCGGUAGCCGGUGGAAGCAACGCGUGGUCUGCAGGGAGUAACGGGUUCCAGAGGUUUGGCUCCUGCGGCGCUCUCUCUUAUUUCUCGUCCUUUGUGAGCGCGAAGUUUUUUCUGUGUGGUCGAGGCGCUUCAGCGUAUGUACUUCUCGUUAUUUGUUUGCUCAUUUGCUUCCUGAGGAAAAUGACCGUCUACAAAGACGUGGGUUACCUGAGUCAUAAGCACACCGCAAACGUGCUUCGAUCAGAAGAUGCGUGCCACUCACCGCGGUGGUUUUAGCUUCCAACUCGGGGACACCAUCAGCGGGUGUAUGGGGACAUCACACAGAGACUCCUCUUUGAUAUCGCAGUGGAGUUCGUGUGAAAAGCGAAUGGUCACCGCAGUGCAGAACGUCUUCAGCACUGUAAGGGAUUACAGACGCACUGGGUGUCCUUUUGAGCUGCACAGUGGACUGUCGAUACUCCAUCAUGUCAUCGCUUUCAGCGGAAAAUCACUCGAGAACUGAAACAGUCAAAAAACAGAGUGCGACCUAAACACAUCCACC